CUCCGCUCAAACGAUGAACAACUCAACUGCAUCUUUUACUGCCGAUAAUAUUGGACUCCAGGUCGGUCAAAAUCCUGGGCAGAUUAAUAGUCAGUUUUACUACAAUUAUUACAAUCAAUCUGAUGAUUCAAAAACCAUCAAUCCCGAGCUUGAUAAGCGGCGGAUCGAAGAGGAGAAGGGUGGCCUUCUUCGAGACUCUUACCGCUGGGUGCUCGACCAUGAUGAUUUUAUUAGAUGGAGAUACACUGCAGGCAAUCAGUUUCUCUGGAUCAAAGGUGAUCCUGGUAAAGGCAAGACAAUGCUAAUUUGUGGUAUUGUUGAUGAGCUUUCAGAGAAAGCUACGCAAGACAAAAUUAAUAUUGCCUACUUCUUCUGCCAAGCCACCAACAAUCGUAUUAACAGUGCUACAGCGAUUCUACAAGGACUUAUUACUAUGCUUAGGAAGCAACAGCCUCUGCUCCAGACCCAUAUUCCUGCGAAGUUUCUUGACAACGAGAAUAGGUGGUUCGAAGUCCACGAUGUCUUCCACAAGAUACUCCAAGAUCCGGCUACCCAGAAGACUUACCUAAUAAUUGAUGCACUGGACGAGUGUAUCAUUGAUCAAAAUAGAUUUCUUAGAUUUCUUGAAGAGGAAUCAUCAGAUUAUCAACAUGUGAAAUGGAUUGUCUCAAGUCGAAACUGGCCGAGUAUCGAAAAAUAUCUCGAUAAUACAACAGGAAUCAGACUUCACCUUGAGCUGAAUGAAGAUAAUCUGGCUGCCGGUGUUGACUACUUCAUCAAGAAUAAAGUAGAGGCGUUAUCAAGAAAGCAUGAAUACAGCAAAGCAACAAGAAAAGCUAUUGAGGAUCAUCUUGUACUCAAUGCAAAAGGAACAUUUCUCUGGGUAGCUUUGGUUUGCGAGCAACUGAAAGAUGUUCCCCCUGAGUACAUCCAAGCGGAACUUGCAACGUUUCCCCCGGGGCUUGGCAUGCUAUAUCAGCGAAUGUUGGCCAACAUCAAUGAGCUAAAAUAUGAUGCUAAGCACUGCACGUCUCUACUUGGGAUUGUAGCCACUGUCUACCGUCCUAUCACAUUGGAUGAGUUAUCAUGUUAUCUCAAACUACCAAACAGUUCGACAAGCGACAUAGAGUCUGAUGAUAAGUGCCUGAUCAAGUAUCUUGAAAGGAUUGCAAGAAAUUGUGGUUCUUUUCUUGCUCUUCGAGGACAUACAAUCGCACUGAUCCAUCAAUCUGCGCAGGACUUCCUUCUCAAAGAGGCCUCCCAAGAAAUUGCUCCAAAAGGUGUGCGAGAGAUACACUACUUCAUCUUCUCGAGGUCUUUACAAGCACUUCACAAAACAUUACGGCGCAAUAUUUACGAGCUCGAUGACCCUGCAAUUACAACUGAUCAGAUCACGCAGCCAGAUACAGAUCCACUACAAUCCAUACGAUACGCAUGUAUUUAUUGGGUUGAUCAUCUUAAAGACUAUACUCGAGACGAGAUACCAAGCAAAGAAACCGGUGAACAGCUCCGAGGCACAAGUUUGGAGCGCAUAUUCUUUCAUCGUGAACCUUUUCAUUUGCUUCAUAAUUUCUGUCGGUUGAAAAGCUUCUUCGAAAAAGCGAUCUUGAUACUCAUCUUUGGAAAAGAACAACUUCGAAAGAAGAUUCCAGCCGGACGAUUGAUGGCAGGACUGCAAGGCGUGACUUUACCUAUGACCAUAUACCGAACUUUCAUUCAACAUCUGGGAGCUUCUAGCCUACUAAGAGGCCUAUUCAAGACAGCCAUUUCAGUACGAAGCCUCAGAAGCCGACUCUUUCGAAGAGAAGAAAAACGCAAACAAAGUCAAAGCUUGGUGCACACUACUUUGCUUGAAGAUUUUUUCUGCCAGGACUUUCUUUACUGGUUGGAAGCUCUUACACUACUAGGUAAUCUAGCUGAAGGAGCGACAGCGAUGCUGAAACUUGAAAGAUUGAUAGAGACAAAGGAGGAAUAUGAAGUACUACAUAAGAGGAUUCGAGAUGCAUACCGCUUUAUCAUAUAUCAUAAGCCGAUGAUAGAGGAUUAUCCACUUCAAGUAUACACCUCAGCGAUAUUCUUUAGUCCUCGGAGCAGUAUCACAAGGACUCAAUUUGAGUCUGAGGAACUAAGAUGGAUGAACGCCAGGUCAAUGAUAGGCGAGAGCUGGAGUGCCUGCCUGCAGACGCUCGAGGGCCACGGUGGCUGGGUCCAGUCAGUGGUCUUCUCGCAUGACUCCAAGCUGCUAGCGUCUGCUUCCCACGACAAUACUGUCAAGCUAUGGAACGCCGCCAGCGGCGCCUGCUUGCAGAUAUUUAAGGGCCACAGUGGCUCAGUUCAGUCAGUAGUUUUCUCACAUGACUCUAAGCUACUGGCAUCUGCUUCCCGCGAUAAUACUAUCAAACUGUGGAAUACCGCCAGCGGCGCCUCUCUGCAGACACUUAAGAACCACAGUGGCUGGAUUCAGUCAGUGGUCUUCUCGCAUGACUCUAAGCUGCUGGCGUCUGCUUCCGACGAUAAGACUAUUAGACUGUGGAUUACUGUUAGUGGUGCAUGCCUGCAGACGCUCAAGGGCCACGGUAGCUGGGUCCAGUCAGUGGUCUUCUCGCAUGACUCCAAGCUGCUGGCGUCUGCUUCCCGCGACGAGACUGUUAAGCUAUGGGAUGCUGCUAACGGCGUCUGCCUGCAGACACUCAAGGACCACAGUAGCUUACUUCUAGCAUCUGCUUCUUACGAUAAGACAGUUAAGCUGUGGGAUGCAGCCAGCGGUACCUGCCUGCAGACACUUAAAGGCCACAGUGGCUGGGUUCAGUCAGUGGUCUUCUCGCAUGACUCUAAGCUGCUGGCGUCAGCUUCCCAUGACAAGACUGUUAAGCUGUGGAAUGCCGUUAGUGGUGCAUGCCUGCAGACGCUCAAGGGACACAGUGGCUGGGUUCAGUCAGUGGACUUCUCGCAUGAUUCCAAGCUGCUGGCGUCUGCUUCCCGCGACGAGACCGUCAAGCUAUGGGAUGCCGCCAGCGGUUCCUAUCUGCAGGCACUCGAGGGCCACAGUGGCUCGGUUCAGUCAGUGGUCUUCUCGCAUAACUUUAAGCUGCUGGCGUCCGCUUCCCGCGAUAACACUGUUAAGCUGUGGGACGCCGCCAGCGGUGCCUGCCUGCAGACGCUUAAGGGCCAUAGUGGCUGGGUCCAGUUAGUGGUCUUCUCGCAUGAAUCCAAGCUGCUGGCGUCUACUUCCCAUGAUAAAACUGUUAAGCUGUGGGAUGCCGCCAGCAGCACCUGCCUGCAGACAUUCAAAGGCCAUAUCAGCUGGAUUCAGUUAGUAGUUUUUUCACAUAACUCCAAGCUGCUGGCGUCUGCUUCCCAUGAUAAUACUAUCAAGCUGUGGGAUACCACUAGUGGUAUCUGCCUGCAGACACUUAAUGGCCACAGUGGCUGGAUUCAGUCAGUAGUCUUCUCGCAUGACUCCAAGCUGCUGGCGUCAGCUUCCCGCGAUAAUACUGUUAAGCUGUGGGAGGCUGCUAGUGGUGCCUGCCUGCAGACACUCAAGAGCCAUAUUGGCUGGGUUCAGUCAGUGGUCUUCUCGUAUAACUCUAAGCUGCUGGCGUCUGCUUCCUAUGAUAAGACUGUUAAGAUUUGGGACGCUACUAACGGUACCUGCCUGCAGACACUCGAAGGUCAUAAUAGCUGGGUUCAGUUAGUGGUUUUCUCGCAUGACUCUAAGCUGCUGGCGUCUGCUUCCCACGAUAAGUCCGUCAAACUAUGGGACGCCGCCAGCGGCGCCUGCCUGCAGACGCUCAAGAGCCACGUUGGCUGGGUCACAAAACAUGGUCUGGAUAACCUAAUUUUGACUUACCUUGCGAAGUCGCCAUCCUCCCAGGCAAAUCCUGAAAUAUUGUAUUCUCAGGGAUUUGGAAUAAGUCCUGAUCGAACCUGGGUUACAUGGAACUCAGAAAAGCUGUUGAAGUUGCCAUCAAUUUUUAAGAUAUCAGCCUCCGCUGUAACAUAUUCGACUAUUUGUAUUGGUUUUGAAUCAGGGCAAGUUCUUAUACUGAGCUGUGAACGUCACUAG